AUGGUUCUCGAGGCGCCGACUGCGUCCUUAUUGGCGCAUCAAGGAUGCUGGGACUGCAGUCAUCAACAGCAAGGGUGGCGAGGUCCCCGAAUAUUAUUUCUCCUAGGUGUAGUCCUCAAUUGUCUUGGACCGAGCGGCUACAGUGCGGUCGAAGCGCAUGCAGAGGUCUUCGAUCUCAAUGCCAACACCCUGGAUAGGACACUAAAACCAUUGGACAUCGACUUACCCCCUACGCUUCCUAUGAGCUUUGGCACUGAAAACUCUACAGAGAUACACGCACAGUCAGGAUCAACUGCUCAUCUGCCUUGCGUCGUUCAUAAUAUCGGCGAAGGAAUGGUUACGUGGAUCCGGCGUAAAAAGGACCACCAGCUGCUGACCGUUGGCCUGACGACAUAUACGAACGACGAGCGCUUUCAAGCUCGACAUUUUCACCACAGCGAGGAUUGGACCUUGGAAAUUAAAUACGUUCAACAAAGGGAUGCCGGAACAUACGAGUGUCAAGUCUCGACUCAUCCGCCCACGAGUAUAUUUCUGUUUCUCGAGGUCGUUGAGGCACGAGCAGAGAUAAGCGGCCCGAGUGAGAAGUUCGUGCGUCCGGGCAGUACGCUUCAGUUACACUGCCUAGUGAAGAAGUCGACGGAGCAACCGUCCUUCCUGUUCUGGUACCACAACCGGCGUAUGAUAAACUACGACGUGGAACAGGGUGUGAACGUGAGCACAGACUUGACGGCUCGCGAAUCGUGGCUGGAGGUUCCCCGGGCGUCGGACCGACACUCCGGCAACUAUACCUGCGAAGCGAGCAACGCCACUCCUGGACGCGUUUUCGUCCACAUCUUUAAUGGCGAUAAUCCCGCGGCAAUGCAACACAGCCUCGCGAGUUCGCCCUCGGUCAUCGCCUGCUCGGCCCUCAUGACCCUCAGCACCGCACUCAAGCUCGCACUUCAGCACGCGUACGUCUAUGCGGGUAGCUAAGCCCCAGUAGAUGCACAAGAACACAGAGCUUCAGCUGGAACCGGUCGCUUGUGUUACACCUUGAAGACUCUGAUUUACCGACCGUAGGCAAGCGUGGAUCACUGAUGAAGAUUCUUUAGG